AUGUCCACAUCCGACCCCUUUGACAAUCUCGAACCCUCCACCACGUCCAUCUUGCCAAUCCAGAUAACCAACAGUAUCUCUCUGGUCGCCUGCAUCUGUGUGAUCAUUACCUAUGCGUGGUUUCGGCGCCAUAACUCUCGCCUGCUAGAGCGUACGUCGCUCGUACUCGCGCUUGCUAUGACUAUUUCAGACGGACUGCUUCACAUAAUUAACCUGUUUGGAUAUUCCGACCUUCCACACAACGCCAUCUGUGCCAUCUUUGGCGGGUUCUUUUACGCGUUCCCUACCCUCGUUUCAAUAUUCUACUCCGUUUGCAUCGCCCUCAAUACUCAGCUCGUCUUUGUCUUCUCCAAGCGACCAGACGACUCGAGUAUCAAAUACUACCUGGGGGUUCCCAUCCUGCUCUCACUUUGCAUCUGUGUUCCCGCUCUCGCCACUGGUGUCUAUGGCUUUGACGAGAGCUGGAGUUUCUGUUGGAUAGCCACAGAUGGUAGGACACGCAAAGACAUUCUUGUCCGAUACAUCCUCACAUUUGGUUUUUGGUGCCUCGCUUCCAUCCUCUAUCUCAUCAUCGCCGCUCUUUCCAUCACUUUUGCUGUCUUUUCCGCCAACUCGCGCCUCAACAGGCUCGCAUCCGGUCUCUCCCACCAUCCCGACAAGGCACCCAACGAAGAGGAUCACCGGCAAUCAUUUCUCCCAAGAGUAUCUCCGACGGGUACUCUCUUUUGGUCCGCCUUGGCCGAUCGCCGUUUGUCCAUCGUUCCUCGACGGAGCGAAACGCUGUCGCGUCGGUCUCUCGCAAUGCGCGCACUCGCAUUUCGGCUUCUCGGAUAUAUCAUGAUCCCAAUGUUUUGUAUCCUGCCGGGGGUCAUCAAGGAUCUCGUCUCGAAAGUGAAUCCGACAGCCAUUGAAAACUUGCCGAGCCAAGCUACCACCUUUUUCGACACGCUCAACGGCUUCGUCGGCCUGUUCAACGCAAUUCUUUUUGCACUAGAUCCAGCGCUUCUUGCACUGUAUCGGAGGUUGAGGACGGAGAAGGAGGAGCGGGUCGAGGUUCCGUUGCAGGAUGCAAACGCUGGGAGUGAACGGAGUCCCUCGAUUGCGGGGUCUGUGGUGCCACCACAACUCGAGACACCGCAAAGGGUCCAAGUUCGUCCCGGGAAGUAUCUGACUCCCAUAGCCGUUGGAGAUAUGUGGACCAAAGCAAAAUCCCAAUGGAGCCCAACGUCUCCAACAAUCACCGGCAUUGUCGUUCGUGUAGAUGUCGAGAUCGUUGACGACCUCGAACGAUUGGGCGACUAUCUAGGCGGACUAUAG